UCUGCGACUCCGCGUUGCCGCGUGUCGGCUGCUCCGAAACGGCGAACGGCGAAUGGCGACAUCGCUCGACGUCGGAGCGUUCGCCUCCGCUGUAUACGCUCGACGAGUGCUGGCUGCCUGACAAAAGAUCUGAGCGUUGCUUCGGAGGAUCGCGAGAGACAGCUUGAUGAAAUAAAAUGAUGUGAAACUCCCGAAGUUGAUCAGUGUGUGAACUGACCGUCUGCCUAUACGUAUCGAAGAUAUGAAUGUGAUUGAUAUGGAUUAACGAAUAGCAAAAUGUGGCCUAAAUUGAGACGAUCUCGACGUCUGUCGAUGAUCCUUUUCUUAACCGUCGCAUUUAUAGGCGCAUUUCUGAUUUGGUCUAGGAACAAGGAGAAAAGUGUCAAUCUACAAAAUAACUUUAUCUCGUUCCGAUCACAUGGAAAUCAAAAAGAUUACAUUGAUCAACGAGGAAUUCAUAUAGUAGUUGGUCAUUACAUAGGAGACUCCGUUGAUUCUUUGAAAAUUCCAAAUAUUACAAAAGAUAUUAUUAAUCAAAACUUGUUCAAUCCACGGCCAUUUGAAGGCAAAAAUGGAGAACCUGUAGUGAUACAUCCAAAAGAUUUUUAUAAAAUGCAACAAUUAUACCAAAUUAAUCGAUUUAAUUUAAUGGCUAGCGAUAAAAUACCACUAAAUCGAUCUUUACCUGAUGUUAGGAAAAAAAAAUGCAUUUCAAAGUAUGCAAAUUUAGGUAAAUUACCAAAAACUUCGAUUAUUAUAGUAUUUCACAAUGAAGCUUGGAGUACACUAUUACGAACAGUGCAUAGCGUUAUAAAUAGAUCUCCAAGAGAAUUAUUAGAAGAAAUUAUUCUUGUUGAUGAUAACAGUGAAAGAGAAUUUUUGAAGAAUCCUUUGGAUGAUUAUGUCAAGAAUUUGAGUGUUCCUACAAGAGUUUUGCGAUCCAAUGAAAGAAUUGGAUUGAUAAAAGCGAGAAUUUUGGGCGCAAGGGAUGCCAAGGGCGAAGUUCUCACUUUUCUCGAUGCUCACUGCGAAUGUACGGUUGGAUGGUUGGAGCCAUUGCUCGAAGUAGUUGGUAAAAAUGCAACAAGAAUAGUCGCUCCAGUGAUUGAUAUAAUAAACGAUAAUACUUUUAGUUAUACAAGAUCGUUUGAACUUCAUUGGGGUGCAUUCAAUUGGGAUUUGCACUUUCGAUGGCUAACUUUGAAUGGCCGUCUGUUAAAGGAAAGGCGUGAGAACAUAGUCGAACCAUUUCGAACACCCGCAAUGGCAGGUGGGCUAUUCUCAAUGAACAAAGAUUAUUUCUUUAAAUUGGGCAGCUACGACGAUCAAAUGCGAAUUUGGGGUGGCGAGAACUUGGAACUAUCAUUCCGAGCUUGGCAAUGUGGAGGCAGUAUCGAAAUUGCUCCAUGCUCCCAUGUCGGACAUCUCUUUCGAAAGUCUUCUCCUUACACUUUUCCAGGCGGCGUUGGAGAUAUCUUAUAUGGCAACCUUGCCAGAGUCGCUUUGGUAUGGAUGGAUGAAUGGGCGGAGUUCUAUUUCAAGUUCAAUCCUGAGGCGGCUAAACUGAGAUAUAAACAGCAAAUUCGUUCAAGAUUAGCUUUACGCGAGAAACUACAAUGUAAAAGUUUUUCAUGGUACUUGGAGAAUGUAUGGCCGGAACAUUUCUUUCCUACGGAUGAUCGAUUCUUUGGCAGGAUAAUACAUGCUGCAACAAAGAAAUGCAUUAUGCGACCGACUGCGAAAGGUUCUUACGGGCAACCUUCAGGAAACGCAAUCCUACACUCAUGCAUACCGCGACCGAUGCUCAGCCAGAUGUUCGUAAUGACCAAAAAUGGUGUGAUAAUGACCGAUGAAAGUGUAUGUUUGGACGCACCGGAACGAGAUACGCAACAAAAGACACCAAAAGUGAAAAUAAUGGCAUGUAGCGGUCGCGAAAGACAAAAAUGGCAAUAUAAUGAAAAGACGAAAGUAUUUUUACAUGUGCCCUCUGAGAUGUGUCUUCAGGCAACAGACGAUGACACACUUACAAUAGCGGCUUGUACUAAAAAUUUUAAUCAACAAUGGAUCUUGGAACCAGUUUCUUGGAAGUGA